UUUAAUUGAUGAUCUUUUAUGUGGAUAUUUUUCUAUUUUUAAGAACAUUGAAUACCUGGCAAGCCCGAAUUUCUUUAGGGUUUGAAUUUGGAGUACGUCAAACAUUUUAAAAGUGCCCAGGGAAGCUCUUCUUCAUGUGCUGUGUGGCUUGGACUGUGCAGAGCUCACUUCAGACAGCCCGGUCUGUGGAGGGCCCCCACCCUGCCCUCUCAGCCUGUUGUGGCCCCCAGCAGCAUGUCCCAAGCUCCGUGGCUGCCUCCAGUCCGGCACUCCGCACUCUACCAUGAGCAGAUGGGCUGCUGUUGGGAGUAAGGCUGCUGUGGCUGGCUGUGGGGGUCGGACCACAUGCGCUCUACUCCCCUCACUGCCCUGGGCCCUGGUGCUCAUUCUGCUGCUGGUGUCCUGCUUCUGUCUGCCUGGAGCAGCAUGUAAGAGUCUACACAGAAACACACAGAGACACCCCACCACUGGACUGAACAUUUCAAAUACAGAGGCUGCUGCAGGGACCGGGGCCAGUGGGGGCCACACCGGCCGCAUGGGGCCACAAGGCCGACAUGUGCGCAGCUACAAUCAUCUCGAAGGAGACAUACGCAGGAGGAAGCUCUUCUCUUUCCAGAAGUUUUUCCUGAGGAUUGAUAAGAAUGGAAAUGUCAAUGGAACAAAAAGCAAGGACGACCCCUUUAGUAUCCUGGAAAUCACAUCUGUGGACGUGGGGGUGGUGGCCAUCAGAGGCCUGCACAGCAAUUACUAUCUGGCCCUCAACAGGAAGGGGGAACUGUAUGGAGCGAGGGAGUUUAAUGUCGAUUGCACUCUCAAGGAGCGCAUUGAGGAGAACGGCUACAACACUUAUGCCUCUGCAGAGUGGAGGAACAAGAAGAGGCAGAUGUUUGUCGGACUAAAUGUCCACGGGAAAGCACUGCGAGGGAAGAAGAGUCGCCGAAAGAACACAGCCACUCACUUUCUCCCAAUACUGGUGUGACCGAAAGAACAAUACAGCACUGGACAAAGGGAUUUGCAAUGUUAGAGCGCUGUUGAUAAAGACGAGACACGAGAGGGGCAAAGCACUACUGCUGAGAAAUUCUCUGUUUAGAAGGAGUAAGAUCUUGUAACUUUGGCACAGUUUGCAAUAUUUAUCAAUUUUGGGGCCAAACUGGACUGAAAUGGACUAAAAUGAAUCUGCACAAUACAAGACCAAGCUAAAGGACAGAAAUGGUGUUAUUUAUAAAGGCUUUCUCCUGUGAGACUCUACUUGUUGUGGUUGGAUUAAACAGCAAGGAAUACAUACAUUUCAAUAUCCUUACCUGUGUUUUAAUUAUAAUGUUAUUUAUUUUUAGAGCUAUUUAACUGAAGGCUUGCCCUCACAAGCUAAUCUUUGCCUUCUGUACUUUUUAUAGGAACUUUAAAAGAAAAGAAAAUUCACAAAGUUGUGUGACUUCCUCAACUCUGCUGCUGACUGUGUACAGACGUUAGUUUGUAGCCUUGGUUUCUAAACAAACAACAAGCUUGUAGAGCAACCUCAGAAUGUAGGAAGGUAAUUCAAUUGUACAGGUUUACCGACGCAGUGCUAACCAUCGAUAUGGAUCCAUUACUGUCAAUGUUCCCUGGAGA